UCCAGUCCCAGGAUUGGUCGCGCAGGCGCAGGGAAGGAUCCGUUUUGGCGGGCGGUUGGCGUUGCGCAGAAGGCGGUGGCGGUGGUGUCUUGUGGUCCGGCCUCACCACAGAGGAACAGGGAAGACAUUAGCGUGAGUGAUCGGUCUCGAUUGCGGAGGAUGCCUUUUAGCUGAUCAUUGUACUAAUGGGAAAGAGUCCAGGUCAUCCUGAGAAGAGUUGGCUUGUGCAGAGUCCAAGAUACAGCUUUGUUGGAUUUCUGUAAGCUACUCGAAGCCACAUAUUCAUUUCUGAUGACAACUUUACACUUGUGUUGGCAGAACACCCACAGUGACAACUGGUGCCUAUGUUUAGUCUGUCCAGGAGCUCUACCAGCUAACAUGUUUGGGGAAAAACCUACACUGUUCUUGUUAGCUAUGUAAAUAUUAGACCUUGCUGAGUUUGUCUUCCUGGAUCUGCCAGUAUUUUGGGGGAACCGGUGGCCUUAGUCCUUCAGGUGGAACAGCGUGCGACAUGGGAAAGAAAACCAAGCGGACAGCUGACAGUUCUUCUUCAGAGGAUGAGGAGGAAUAUGUCGUCGAGAAGGUGCUAGACAGGCGUGUAGUUAAGGGGCAAGUGGAAUAUCUACUGAAGUGGAAAGGCUUUUCUGAGGAGCACAAUACUUGGGAACCCGAGAAAAAUUUGGAUUGCCCUGAGCUAAUUUCUGAGUUUAUGAAAAAGUAUAAGAAGAUGAAGGAGGGUGAAAAUAACAAACCCAGGGAGAAGUCAGAAAGUAACAAGAGGAAAUCGAAUUUCUCGAACAAUGCUGAUGAUAUCAAAUCCAAAAAAAAGAGAGAGCAGAGCAAUGAUAUCGCUCGGGGCUUUGAGAGAGGACUGGAACCAGAAAAGAUCAUUGGGGCGACAGAUUCCUGUGGCGAUUUAAUGUUCCUAAUGAAAUGGAAAGACACAGAUGAAGCAGACCUGGUUCUUGCAAAAGAAGCUAACGUAAAAUGUCCACAGAUUGUGAUAGCAUUUUAUGAAGAGAGACUGACGUGGCACGCAUAUCCUGAAGAUGCGGAAAACAAAGAGAAAGAAACAGCAAAGAGCUAAAGGAGGGGGUGGUCUCUGUCAUUUCUCUUUGUAUAUAAUACAUUCACCUCCCUGCCUCCUCUCCCUUCUGCCCACCCCCUUCUAUCCUAAACACAUCCAUAAAAAAUGUGCUUAUCACUGUGCUCCACAGGAGAAAUGUUGGUAUUGGUUCUCUUGUAACAUAACUGAUGGUCUGAUUCAUGAUAAGUGUCUCUCUGUGAAGACCAGGCAUUUACAUACUGUGUAAUUCCCACAGUUUUUUCCUUUGCCCUGAUCUCUUCCUUCUGCUCCCCUGCGACCUCAAGAUGCGUUUUAACUUUUUAAUCACCUUAGAGUCUUGAUCUUUUCAGGGUUGGUUGCUUUUUAGAUUGGGGGAUUUUGUUAUAACGAUGAUGAAUUUUGGUUUCUUGCUUUGGUUCUUAGAACAUGUUGAUGACCAGCUAGCUUUUGUUUUGAGAUGUUGGGAUAGAAAAGAUGUUCCCGUCUUUUUAAAAAGCCAAUAGCAACUGCCUACCUGUUGGGGCUUUCCCAACCUCAUUCAGCUCUACCCAGUAGAAUACAGGGUUCCUGGUGUGGUCUUCUGGGCCACCCUCUGUUGUUCAUCCCCACUCAUCCUCCCAGAAUAGCUCCAUUCCUUGGAGGACUUGAAAUGUUACACUCAGAUUUGUCAAGGCACUCUUAGCCCCAGGACUCCUGGCCUUGUUUCUUAGCAAUCCCUGAUUCUUCUUCUGCAAGGUGGUGUAGUCUGUCAUAAAAUGACAAGAUUAUGAACUGUGGAGAUUUUUAGCUAUUCGUACAUGAGGAUGAUGGGGUAGGAUACAGUUGUCUUUAUGAUCACCUAUGGUAUAUAUGUAUUUUUUCCUUCCAUCCCUCACAUUUGGACUAUAUAUUUAUGUAGGUGUGAGUGACUGCCUGGUGCUUGCUUGUGCCAAGGUGCUAGGCACCCUCCAGCCCUGCCAGCUUUUGUGGCCUCCCAAAGCAUUCCUGGUACCAAAGAGGCUUCAGACCUGACCCUCACUUCUCAGUGGACCCAAGUUUCCCCUCCAUGCCAUUAUUUUCUGUGGGGAAUUCUUGGAGGGGAGCCAUCGGCCACAGUAUCAAUUUUAAAUAUUCAUAGCGUUUAUAGUCAUAAAUUUCCUGCUUUGUUGACUCCUGGAUUUGCCACCAAGAGUCCCCAAGGUAUUACUACUCUUCCCCUUUUCUACCCUCAAACUCUUCGUUGUAUUUCAUUUUUAAAAAUAGGAUUCUGUGGAAGACUUAUCACCUCAGAGUGACAGGCCUUGGCAUUAGCAUGUUGACACAACCUUCUGUCCCUAUUCAGAAUAUUUCCCUUUUGGCUUCCUCCGGCUUUGCCGUUAUAUUGAGAGAUGAUUGUCUGAUCUUAUCCUUCCAUCCUUGUCCCCCCAAGAAAUGCCCUACUUCUCUUUAGCCAUUUCCUUUUAGUUGGGGGGGGGGGUGACUAGAGAAUCAAGACUAAAAGUAAGGCAAUAGCAGGGUUAUGAGCAUCCGUGUCCCAGUCCAAAGCUGAGGAAUUAAGAAUAAAUGCUUGAAAUAGCCUUAACUCUAGAGUUCACCAGCCAUUGAGGUUGUUUUUAUAGUUGCUUUUGAUUUUUAAGACAUAUAGCUUUCUGGCCAGGAGCAGUCAGCCAUUUCUAGAUUAUUCAGAGUAAUCAGGGGAAUGGAUAGAUUGCUGCAGUCCACAGAUGAACUGAAUAAUAUGCAAAUCAUAUACCCAUUCAUAGCAUUUGUUACCAUUGCUUUCCUGCUCAGCUGCUGAUUGAAUUCUGUGUGCUUGUAUAAAUUAUGUCAAAAAUUAUACUGCACAGUUGAGAAGACAGCUGUUGCUGCAGUGACAUGACAGACUGGAACAAUGAAGCUCUUGGUUUAAGUCAUCCAGGAAAAUCCUUCUGAAUGGUAAUGUGAUUGGGUGAGAACUCCUAACCCGUACCUCAAGUGGGUAGGAGUUUUUAAUCUCCAUCUUUCUUUACUCUGAAAGAAUUCAAGGCCUAGAUCAAGUGGUAGAUAAUUGAUGGUUAGUACUUAAUCUGAUGGGCAUCUGAAAGAAAAAAUGGGUGUCAUAAAAGUAGCCAAGGAUAUAAUUAGGGUAGACAAGAAUAAGACAAAAGUAGGCCAGAGCCCCUGAGGUGGUGAGCUGGGCCUGUUGAUCUGCAGGUGGAGAAAAUGACAGCUUAUCCAUGGAGCCCGUGUGUGUCUCCCAGGAGCAGUGGGCACGUAAACUAUAGUGACUAUUUUCCAGACCAAGAUCAACAUGUGGACAAAGAACACAGCAAUUAGUUGCUGCUGAGAUUGGUCCUGAGAAAGCUGGGGCACGUGUUUGGUGUGGUUAUAGGUGAUAUUUAAGACAUUCCAUCAAAAUCUGAUUCUCUUUUAGCAAAGGAAGUACCAUCUACUCAUCAGCUCUGUAAUACCUUACUCUUCACUCCAUCUUUUCUGUUCACAGUUUAUUGAAUCAUGGUCUUGUACUGAAUGCUGCUGCCAGAACAUUCGUUUUCUCCCUGCCUACCCACAGCUGCUUCAGUCGGAAUGUAGGGAGCCAGAGCCCGGUUCUGGCUUCAGCCCUCAGCAGAAAGGAAACCAGAUGCCUGCCUUGUGUUUCUGGCUUUGUUAGUUCUGAACAGCUAUUCUGGCCCUUGCAGAAUUGUGACCUCAAAUGGAGACCUGUCUUCAUGGGGCUUUCUCCUCAGAAGAGUUAGUAGCCAUGGGCUACGCACUCCUAAACAUCUAGGUCUCUGGUGCUCAAAGCAUAUUUUUCCUGUAUUUACUUAGUCUUCUUUCAAAACCUCUUUCUAAUGCUGAAUUUCUUCUAGUUAUCAGCAUUCAAGGAUCUCCCUUUGGAGGUAGCAGAGUCUUGCCCAGCAGAGUUUACUAGUAGGUCAGUGUAGCUGCUCUUCUGGGCCCUGCACUGGGCCAGUGCCCUCAUGUUAGGAUUAGCUGUUAGGAACAUCAGCCCUGAUGGAAGCACCCAUUUUUAACCUGGAGAGAAGAGAACCAUGUCAUUUUUCCUCCCACAGUCCAGUUUUUGUCUGCGCAAGGGAGCAUUUGAGCCUGUGGUGUUCCUUAAUCAAGUCUAGGUGGUCCUUGACUGUCCCCCAGCCAUAUCUGUGUACUGCUCUUUGUUGGUGAUGAAAGGUUAGUCCUGUUCCAUAGCUUGGGCAGUUAUGUUAUUCUUAACUCUCUUCAUUCCUGUUCUGUAGCUACCCUGCAGUCCAUUUUCCUUCUCUCCAGGUCAGAUCCUAGGGCUUUUUGGAAGGUACUUGGGAUUUUCAUGCGAUUUUUGUUGGAUCUGUGUUUAGUCCAGGUCACCUCAGGUACAGUGAGGGGUCACAGGGACCUAGCUUGUGUCUGGGCUGGAGAGCAAUUGUCUUUGCCCUUAGGGUUUAAAUGCAAGGGCCUAAAAUACUGCUUUCCAAUGACAUGAGAACACCAGGCAGGGUUAGGUCAUUAGAUUUGAAAUGUGGAGGUUGUUGCUCACAAAUGAGAUCAAAGGGAAAGCUCAUUUUGCAUCCAUGAUUCCAUCCUUUUGGUUUAAGGUUUUUAGAUUAAAAAUUAUAGUGUGGAGGUCUGUACCUUUGUAAUUAGACUGCCAAGCAAGCAUACCUGUGGCAAGGUGGAGAAGAGGAAUGGUUUGAAUCCAGUAUAUUCUAGUUUCAUGCUGGCUUUAUGGCUAAUCAUAAAAGUUACAUUCUCAAAAACGGAGAUGUUACCAGCCUUGCACCCAGGAGUAUAUGAUAUGCUCAGAAUUCAAUGUCCCCAUCCAAUUAAUAGUGUGUGGAUUUGUAUUGAGCUGUCCAUAUUCUGGCCACCUUAGUGUUCAUCAACAUUCAUUUUAUUCCACAAGCACUUUUUUGGCCUUGGGGGUACAAAGUUCAAGAAGAUACAGUCCCUGACCACAAAGAACUUUCAUUCUGAUGUGGGAUGAACUGACUGUUAAUAGUUCAGUGAAAUAAAUGCUACAAAUGGGUACACAUUUUUUAUUUGGGGACAGUAGGAGGGUGACAGUUCAUAGGGGGAUAGACCUGGACCUUGGAUGAACUGAGCUAACUAGCUAUAGAUGGACUAUAUAACAAGGGCUUGUUUUAUUCCAGAAAAUAAGGAUAACUGAAGGUUGGUUAGCAGUGCUGUUGCUGAGAGAAAAUAACAGGUGAGUGGGGAUUGAGAGCCCCUCAUUUUGAUCCCUGUUAUGGGCUCUUUGCCAAAGUAUUUAAUGAUCUAGUUAAUCCUUGCCUGUGGAAAGUAUUAUCUAUGUUGCAGAUCCAGUUCUGUGGUGUUACAUUAUUGUGGGUUCUGUAACAUUUAUUCCUCAUGGACAUUGUAUCAGAGUUGCUCACACGUUUUUGUUUCUCAUCCUUUUGGAAGAAUUAACGUGAGGUUGGCUUUAAGCCUAAAACAAGGACAUACUUUUCAAUGACAAGGGAUUUGCUAAAGGCUUAGAGGCAUAACUCUUAACUCAUGAGCAUCUAUUCUGUGCAGUGUAGUUUUAUUCAACACUGCAAGGUGGUGAUUUCUAAGCAGAUGUGUGUCAAUUAUGUGCAAACCUCUCCGGGAAGUGCACAUACCCUGGCAUUUCAGAUUUGAUCAAUCUAGGGAAGUCUAGAGUGAGGCCUAGCCCUGCUAAGAAACAGUCUGACUUGAAGAAGUUUCUUAAUUCUGAACUGUGUAACCAUAAGAAAAAGAUACUUUUCUCUCUCUGGAUCAUUGAGAGUUGACUAACUUUGGAAGUGAGAAUUCCCAGGAAUGAAGAGUAACUGUUCUGGAAGAUUAAAAUGUGAAGGUUCUUUGGAUAGCUUCAUAAAAACAAUUCUAAUUUCUUUGUGCUUACGCUGGAUUUCUUGAAUUUUAAACUACCUCAUCUUGUCUUUUUAGAGUUACUUCAGCUUGUCCUUGCCACUCUAACAUCAUGCUUGACUUUGGUUGUUUUCUGACAUGGAAUUUUUUCUAUGCCUUGACAGCAUGUUCUUUUGCCUUUUCAUCCUGAUCCUCAUUUCAUCAUCUCAUAUUGUUCUUCUGUCAGAGAAAUAUUUUAAAAUAGUUUAAAAUCUUGGCUUAUGGGAAGAAAGUGAUCCUUCAGUGCUGUUUGUCUCUGGGAUCAGUAAGAGUUAAAACAAGGUGGUGGGAGGAGGGGACAGAACCUGCACUGGAGGCAGCUGAGGAGGGAAGAGCCAUUAAUUAAGACAAUUUCAAAGUCAACUGAUUGUGAUCAUUAAUGUCACAAUAGAUCAAAACCUAAUUAUCACAGCCUAGGUAAGGGCCAUCAGUAUUAAUCGGAAAAUCUAAUAGGAAACUAUUAUCAAGAAAUUAGGCUAAAUUGAAUGCAAUGAACUUUUUAUCUUGCCGUUCUGUUUGUGUGUGUGUGUGUGUGUGUGUGUGUGAGAGAGAGAGAGAUGUCCCCUGGCAUUGGCAGGUGUGACCCUCACAGUUGAUCUAGGUGCCAGUAGCCAGUUCAUCACACUUUCUGAGGAAUUCCAACAGAUUGAACCUGAACUGUCAUUGUCAUUUUAAUGUCUUGAACAUUAUCAUCACCUGGACUUUUCCAGUGUGACCAGCAAUCAAUGAAAAAAGGUUAAUAUUUAGGUCUUGGGAUGGUUGGUCCUGCCUGGAAUGAGCGUAUCCCUGGUGGACAUUAUACUGUGUGUGUUGGCAAAUCAUUCUUUGAGCUUCAGAUGUAUGUAGAGUCCUGCUGCUCUGGCUCUUUUGAGGGGGUACAGAGGAAAAGAGGGGCUUCCUGCCUGGAGAUUCUUCAAGGAGACCCGAGAAGAUAAGAAUUUAAUUGUGUCACAGAGCUUUUAAAGCUCAAGUCAGUGUUUUGCAGUUUCCAGUAGCUUUAGGAUUUAAUUCUAAGCUAGGGCUAACUGUGGAUUUAGUAUUUUUUCCCCUAGUUUUAGGAUAAGGAUCAUAAUGAUUACUACCAGAAUCCAGUUGUAACUUUGGGGGGUGGGGGGGGAGAAGGUGUUUUUUCUUUUACGCUUUGAUCCAAGAGUUAUGCCCCUGUUGGGAUAUUAAAGAAUAUUACAAGAGUCUUACAACUAGUUCUAGGGAACACUUCAUCCCCUCUCUCUGAAUGGAAGACUAGGGGUCACCAUUUAUAUCCUUAAUCUCGAGAGCCAUUUAUGAAGAUCUUGCCAACUCCUGGAGUUGGGCUGGUGCAGAAAGUUUGGAAAGAUGCUGCCUUGUGGGCAUUGAGGGGAGGGACAGGCAGCAGCAGGAGGGUGUCUGGUGGCCGGAUCCCGCUGCCUGGCUUAGCCUGGAGAGAGUGCUGUAGCCAGUGCUGUUGCUAGCCUUGCGCGCCUCCCCCGACCUUGCAGCUCAGAGCACUACCAAGACCACCGCUGGGGACAAGGUUCUUGCUCGAAUGAGGUCUUGUUCUUGGAUUUUAGGAUUUAGGAAUAGGGGUUACUCAGUAUAGAACUUUGGAAAAUCAGUGUGACUUACUCCCUCACCUCUUAAUGGUGAAGUGAGUAUUUCUUUACAAAAGAAUUCAUGCCCUGAAUGCUUAAAAUGUAAUUUUAUUUGCAAAACAUCAGUUAACACAUGAUUUUCAGAAGCAGUCUGUGUCUCCAAGGUUCCUCACGUUAUGCCAGAUAAGUAAUAGGCCCUCUGUUAAUACUUGUGGGUUGGUUGAGUUCAUCUAGUUUGCAGAGUGAAGUGUACCUGCUGACUUCCUUUUGCUUGCACAUGCAGUCUAAGAAGUAAGAUGCCCUAGGGAGUGAAACAAGAAUUGAGUGGAUGCUGACUAUGUGUGCCAACCUCCUCAACUGAUUCAUAAUGGCUGACCUUGGGCAAGUCACUCCUUUCAAUGCCUCAGUUCCCCAUCUGUCAAAUGGGGUUAAUGAUACUGACCUACCUCACAGGGGUGUUGUGAGGCAUUGUAAAUCAAAGUUGGUAGAAUACUUUAGGGUCCUCAAUGGAGGAUGCCUUGAGCCGAAGUCUAAAGUCUAGACCUGACCUAGGCUUUAGUCCUCACUGAGCUGUCCCAAGGUUUGGAACUACUAGUGACCUCGGCAAGUUCUCUGCCCCCCACCCCUCAUCAAAGCUGCUAGUUCAGGUGUUGACAGUGUUUUUGUGAAUGUUGGAGUCUUAAUAGUCCAGACAUAGGAUGUUCUGGGGGAAGGCACUUAGUAUUUUCUAUGUCUUGCAUCCACAAAGAGAGGCUGUUUCAGACCCAAGAGCAUUGGAUUAGGGAACUAUGAGGCAGGGAUGCUACUGCUUGUUUCUCUCUGCGGGUUGGGAAUUAAGGCCCCAUUCCCCAUGGGAUUGGAACAGACUUCAGCUGUCUCAGGAGCAAAGGAACACAGUGGGCUUAAUUUAUAUCGUUGGUUUUAUCGAGUUCCCCCCACCACCCCGAACUGAGUCACUGCACCCCUUGCCUCCCCAUAGGAAUCAGCUGGUUCAAUAAACAUAACCACUUUCUCCAUCCCCUACCAGAAAAGAGCCACUUUGGGAAAUUUUUUUCUAGAGAUAGGUUUAACACUCUUAAAGCUUCAUCCAACUUAACUGUACUCAUUUGUCAUCUUCUCAGUGUCCAUAGUCUGAACUUGACUUUGACCUGUUUUUCCUCUGGUUUGGGAAAAGUUUGGACACUAUUUCUAUUUGCCCAGAUGUGGGCUCAGCCAGCUCCUCUUCCCAACAGGGCUCUUUUUCCUUUCCCUCUCCUUGGCCCUAGACGUGUAACCCAUGGAAAAGCACAAGGUCCUGGCCCCUUGCUGCGGUCACAUUACCGGUUCUCCGUGCUUUGUGGACUUGCUCUGUUCCCCCAGCUCUGGCGGCACCUGGUAGUUCUGUGGAGUUCUGGAGGAUGGAGAGAGCACAGUCUGACCUCCUGCCAAGUAGCCAGGAGUUGAUUUACCCAUGGCCCAGCAGCCUUGCCACCCUUUCCCACAGGAUGGGAUGUGAGAGACUCUGAGAGGCUGGGCUUCUUUCCGCACUCUGUUCCAUCCUGAGUAGCAAAACACAUCACGCUUGGUAGCCAGAUUUCUAAGUGGAAAAAUGGGAAAUUGAAUUCUCUAUGGACCUUUUUGGUUUGUGGGGGAGUUUUGGUUGUGUUCCUUGGUUUUAGUUCAGCCAAACAUGUCGGCUUUUCAUUUUUUUAUUUUUUUAGGAUAAGUGAUAUAUAUAUAUGUUCGCCUUUUAAAUGUAAAUGUUUAAAAGUAGGCAAUUUAUGUGUUUCCACAACUGACAUUGAUGCAGACCUCAUUCUCUCCCCCUCUUCCACCCUCCUCUUUUCCCUCUUUUCAUACUCUUGUAUUGGUUCUAAUAAAUGGUUGCUUUUCAAAUACG